GGUCAAGAAUGGCGGAGUCAAUCAUAGGAGCAUUGAAUUCUGUAUCGAAUGAGUAGUCUAUAGAGUAAUCCAGAUUCUUAUUAGAGGAUUUGUACUGUUUGUUGCUCCGAUAUGUUAAUAGAAUCAUAAUAGAACUCAUUAUUAGUAGUUGAUAAUUAAUUGUCAGUCAACAUUGCCAUCAAAAUGGCGUUACGCACCUAUGGAGACAAACCCAUAAGCUUCCAAGUAGAAGAAAAUGGAGAAUACUACUGCAUUGGAUCGGAAGUUGGCAAUUAUCUGCGUCUUUUUCGCGGGUCUUUGUAUAAACGAUAUCCUGGCAUGUUUAGGAGAUCCAUAACUAAUGACGAACGUAAGAAAUUGGUAGAGCUUGGAUUAAGCCAACAUGUUCUAGCAUCCAGUGUUUCACUGUUGAGAGCUAGCGAGGUAGAAGAUAUCAUAGAAGGCAAUGAUGACAAGUACAAGGCUGUAUCUGUACAUUCAACUGAACCACCGGCACCCAGAGAAGGUAAAUCCAAGAAAUCAAUGGCAUGGGUACCCAGCUUGCCAAAUAGUUCACACCUGGAUGCAGUUCCUCAAGCCACGCCAAUAAAUCGCAAUCGAGUACACAAUAAAAAAGUUAGAACGUUUCCAUUAUGUUUCGACGAUACAGAUCCCUCAGCAAACUUGGAAAAUGCAGCACAACAAGAAAUGCUUGUUCCGAUUCGUUUAGAUAUGGAAAUUGAAGGUCAGAAACUAAGGGACACCUUCACUUGGAAUAAAAACGAAAGUCUCAUAACACCUGAGCAAUUCGCCGAAGUACUAUGUGAUGAUUUAGACUUGAAUCCAUUAACGUUUGUCCCUGCAAUUGCGCAAGCGAUAAGGCAACAAAUAGAAGCAUUUCCACAGGAGACAAUUUUGGAAGAUCAAUGCGAUCAGCGAGUGAUAAUAAAAUUAAACAUACAUGUAGGCAAUACGUCCUUAGUAGAUCAAGUAGAAUGGGAUAUGUCUGAGAAAGAGAACAAUCCGGAGAAAUUUGCAAUGAAGCUUUGCGCGGAACUCGGUCUCGGUGGAGAAUUUGUUACCGCCAUCGCUUACAGUGUACGUGGACAAUUGUCAUGGCAUCAGAGAACAUAUGCAUUUUCCGAAGCGCCGCUUCCAACCGUAGAGGUCCCUUUCAGACCUCCAUCAGAGGCUGAUCAAUGGGCGCCAUUCUUGGAAACUUUAACGGACGCGGAGAUGGAGAAGAAGAUACGCGAUCAGGAUCGAAAUACUCGACGUAUGCGACGUUUAGCAAAUACGACACCUGGCUGGUAGGCCACAUUUAGAAAAAAAUCCUAUCCACAUUUUUUAAUGAAUAUACUAUUUCAAUUUAUGGUAUAUAUCCUUUAAUAUUUAUAGUGGUAGAAUAAGUAACAAUACAAUUUUUAUUUCAACAUCAUUCACAUCGUAAAAUAUGAAAUAUAUGGAAACAAAUUGUGAAAAAAUAAUGGAUGCAUGGUUGCAUCUGAAGAGAUGUAACAAUAUUAUAGUCAACAGUGUUUAUAUAUAUGUGCUGCUCAUGAAAUUCAGCUUCAUGAAUUCCUUUAUAUAAAAUGUCUUAGAUUUAAUG